CCGGAUUCGCCAGUUGGCCAGUAACGGUUGGCGCGUCGAACCAACACCAGGCACCAAGCAAGCGGCUCUCUGGCUAGAUUCAAACUAGAGAUAGUGUGCUGUUUAAGUAAAAGUGCAGUUCUAACUUGAUUAAGUUUGUUCUGUUUUUGGUGGUCCGGCAGUGACAGUGGACAAACAGCAGAUAUUUAUUUGUGUGGUUUUAACUUCAUUUGGCGAGGAAACAGGAACGAAAGCUUUUAGUUUUUGUUCCCCUGUAACUGGAUUACGAUAUCGCGAGUUGAUUAAACGCAGCCUACCCCAGACACAUAGUGAAAACCAGUGAGAAAAUCCAGAAAGUAAACAAAGCCAAAUUAAAUCAAAUUGGAAUUUUUGGCCGAGUUAAGGAUUCAGGAAGUGAAAAAAAGAAUAAAAAUGACUAGUGAUGGGAUGACUGUCAGAGUGAAAACUAUCCUCGUGAUCGCGAUGGUACUGUGCUGUUUUGAUUUUGUUAAAGGAGGCUGCCUCAGCUACGGCCACUCCUGCUGGGGAGCCCACGGCAAACGGUCCGGUCCGCCGCUAGCGAGACGACCCCUUCCGAGAACCAUUCCGGCCGGUCCGAUCGGACCUCCGGACGGUUGGAGUGCGCUCGAACGGAUGAAGCCACCGGAAGCUGGGUCUUUCGUUGCCGGAAGCAAGGCCUACUACCCACCGUUGGGACGGUUAUUCCAGUUCCCACCGGCAGCUGUGCUAGACUUGCUGGGAUCCAGCGAAAAUGAUAUUGACUCCACCGAGCCCGAGGACACCGACUAUGGUGGACCGCAGCCAAACCGCAACGUGAUGUCCCUCGGAGACCGUUUCCAGCGGCUCCAGCGGGAACAGCGUCGCAAGGCGGCCCUUUACGAAACCGCAAGCUCCGGAACAGACACCAGCAGCAGUGGCAACAGCAGCAGCGGCAACGCGGACGAUGCCAACGACAUUGGCCAGGCUCUGGUGGAUGAGGCCAAAAACUCCGAAGAUAUGACGGAAAAGGACGUAAACUUUGGACGACUUUUGAACGGCAACCACCGCCACCGGAAGUACGACCGGGCGUAAACUGGACAAUUCUCGGCAAACUCUAGAAAGGUUGGAGCAGUUGGUCAUAUCCUGGACUGAUUGAAGAGCUGACUUGAAACUAAACUUUCAACAAGUUUGGUUUUGAAUCGUGGAAGCUACCUUACUUUAGUCCAAAAUGUGAUCACUUACCCUACCAACUGCAACGGUUAAAAUGCAUCAUUGGGAUUAAAUUGGAACAAGUUUGAAGAUUUUUUUUGUUACGUCUCGUACAUUAUGCUAAGAAAGAUAAACUCUCGAGUCGCGGUUAGAAUCACACGUGCCCGACAUAACGCAUUGCAAACUAUUUAAUGGGCAAUUUGGAUUACCACAGCAGCGCGAACUCUGCCCGUCUGCUUGGCUGGGAGUUGGGCAGAAUUCGCACAAAUCGCGUGAUGACACGAGGACGACUCAGGAUCGAAAUGACUCUCUCUUCAAAAUGUUCAAAUUCUUAAGCAGUAUUAAAAGCUGAAAUUUGUUGGAGACAUAAUCGAUUUACCACAAAAAAAAAUAACACUUUGGGGGCUAGUUACUAUAUCGAUAA